AUGGCGAGGGUGCAGGCAGUUUCUACCCAUGGAGCUUGCCCCAGUAGGUUGGAAAGGGCUGGCCAAGAUGGAGACCGAGAAGAGAGGAACCUUACAAAGCUCUCGCUCAUCUUCAGUCACAUGCUGGCAGAAAUCAAGGCCAUUUUCCCAUCUGGCCAUUUUCAGGGUGACAACUUUCGCAUCACGAAGGCAGAUGCUGCUGAAUUUUGGAAACGGGCUUUUGAUGACAAGACUAUUGUGCCAUGGAAAGUCUUUAGACAGUGCCUUCAUGAAGUCCAUCCUAUCAGCUCUGGUUUGGAAGCCAUGGCUCUGAAGUCUACAAUUGAUUUGACGUGUAAUGAUUACAUUUCAAUCUUUGAAUUUGAUAUCUUCACCAGACUGUUUCAGAAAGAACUUUGCUGGCUGCCCCUCAGUUCCUUGGGUAUAUUACUAGAAAUGGUGGAAGUAAUGAAGAUUCUGAUGCCUUGGACCUCUAUUUUACGGAAUUGGAAUUUCUUGGCUGUGACCCACCCUGGCUACAUGGCUUUUCUCACCUAUGAUGAAGUGAAGGCUCGGCUCCAAAAAUACAUAAACAAACCUGGCAGCUACAUCUUUAGACUCAGCUGCACUCGGCUUGGACAGUGGGCCAUUGGUUAUGUCACAAAUGAGGGAAACAUCUUGCAGACCAUACCGCACAAUAAACCACUCUUCCAAGCCCUCAUAGACGGAUGCCGAGAAGAAUUUUAUUUAUACCCGGAUGGACGAAGUUACAAUCCAGAUCUUACUGGAUUGUGUGAACCAACACCUCAUGAUCAUAUAAAAGUCACACAGGAACAAUACGAGCUGUAUUGUGAGAUGGGCUCCACAUUUCAGUUGUGUAAAAUCUGUGCUGAAAAUGAUAAGGACGUGAAGAUUGAGCCCUGUGGUCACUUAAUGUGCACUUCUUGUCUGACAGCGUGGCAGGAAUCUGAUGGACAGGGAUGCCCAUUUUGCCGUUGUGAAAUCAAAGGUACCGAACCGAUUAUUGUUGAUCCUUUUGAUCCAAGAGAUGAUGGAGCCAAAUUCUGCCUAGACAGCCUGGAUGAUGAUGAUGAUCGUGAUGACUCACUAGUUAUGAACAAACUAGCUUCAUUUAGAAAGCCGAAGUGUCAAGUGGAAGAUCCAUCUCAGGACCAUUCCAAGAGGCCCCAGCAUCACAAAUGCCAUCUGCAGCAAAUUCUAUUCGCUUCACCUGAUAUCAAGAAAUCACUGGAGGCACUGGAUCCUACAAAAACUCUUGGCCCUGACAGAAGUCCAGCAACAGUCCUGAAGACUUGUACUCCAGAGCUAGAUGAUCCCCUAAACGAGAUGCUCCAGUGCAGCUACAACAUUGAAAUUCAGGACAAUCCAGACUUUCCACUCCUGAGGAAGAAUAUGUACUCUUCUGUAUUCAGGUGGUCUACACUGGCACAACUAGAGUCCUUGGCUCAAUUCACCAAAGCCACAUUGACCUAA